CUUGGUUGUAUUCAUCUUCUGUGUGAUUUUUUCCCCUCACAGAUUUUCAGUUUGGGUAGGGACAGAUUUUAAGAAUAUGGUUUCGUCAACUGGUUAUAUCUAUUUCUUGGCUUUCUACCAGCAUUUUUUUUAUUUUUCAUUUUUUUUUUUUUGCUUUAUUGAUUGUCUUUGUCUGUCUGAUUCAUGGUCAGUCGUUUGCUAAUAGAAUCAUCUAAAGGAAGAUUUUGGGUUUGUAGCUGGAGAUGUUGAGUUAUUUCUUUGCAUUUUAUUAUUACUCGAGUUGCAGAGCUGAUUGUCUUGUUGGGAUUUCGAGUUUUGAUUUCCUUUCACUUGGUUUUUUAGAAUUUGAAACAUAGAUUCAAGGAUAAGAAUUACUUACUUCCAAGUUUCUCCAAAAAUAAAAUAUACAAAACUAAAACUUGCCUACUCUUUUUACACUACUUGAAAAUCUUCACUCAAGGGUUCUGCAAUAUGACCAGUCAGAUGGGAACUGGGACUCUUUGUUUUUGGGUUUUGGUUUGUUUUUAAUUUGUUUCUGUGGGUUUAUCUGUUGAAACAGAGGUCAACAUUUUGGGUUCCAAAAUUUUCGAAGGAAUAGUAAUGCUUGUAAUGUGCAACAAAGGCCUAGACAAUCUCCAAUACCCUUUUACUUGUGCGAAGAAAAUAGCCUAAAAUCUUAAAUCUGUGAGGCAAAUGUGGAAAGGCUAGAAGGGAAAGAAAGUAUAUUUCUGCCAUUUGCUGAACCUUUACUGUUUUGAACACCAGCUUUUGGGCUUUGCGUGUAAGUUUCAGCGAGCGAAGAGCGAAAGGAGGGGGGGGGGGGGGAAAUCCGCAAUGCCUAUAAGGCAAAUGAAAGAGAGCUCAGAGCAGCACUUAGUGAUUAAAACCCACUUGCAGAACACUAUGAACCAUCCUCAAAAACACCCUAAAACUUCCCAAAAUGGCAAGGGACCUCCACCUCAGGAAACCCACAACAGCAAAACUCAGAACCAGACCUUACCUCCAGCAAAAAACAGAGGAAGGAGAAGAGGCAGAGGUGGUAGAAAGUCUGACCAAGGAGAUGCCGGUAUGAGACCCAGUUCAAGGCCGUGUACUUUGGCACAUAAGCCUGUGAAUCCAGCAGGUGAUCUCUUGGCAAGUGCUCCAAAUGGUUCUAUUGGAAAUGCUGGAAGUACUUGUGAAAUAGAGAUGGGUUUGGGGUUCCCUACUUCUAGCAAGUCUUUGAGUUACGCUGCUAGGCCUGGUUAUGGUCAAAUGGGGACAAAGUGUGUUGUUAAGGCCAACCAUUUCUUCGCAGAAUUACCAGACAAGGACUUGAACCAAUAUGAUGUUACCAUAACUCCUGAAGUGGCAUCAAGAACUACAAACAGAGCUAUCAUGGCAGAGCUUGUGAGGCUUUACAAAGAAUCUGACUUAGGAAUGAGACUUCCUGCUUACGAUGGCAGAAAGAGUCUGUACACAGCUGGGCAACUUCCCUUUGCUUGGAAGGAAUUCACGAUUAAGCUAGUUGAUGAGGAGGAUGGAAUCAAUGGCCCUAAGAGAGAGAGAGAGUACAAAGUGGUGAUCAAGUUUGUAGCAAGGGCCAAUAUGCAUCAUUUGGGUCAAUUUUUAGCUGGUAAACGUGCUGAUGCUCCACAGGAAGCUUUACAAAUUCUUGACAUUGUAUUGAGAGAGCUCUCAACAAAGAGGUACUGUCCCAUAGGAAGAUCCUUCUUUUCACCAGAUAUUAGAGCACCACAACGGCUUGGUGAUGGCUUGGAGUCUUGGUGUGGGUUUUACCAGAGUAUAAGGCCUACACAAAUGGGCCUCUCUUUAAAUAUUGAUAUGGCUUCUGCUGCAUUCAUCGAGCCUCUCCCUGUAAUUGAGUUUGUUGCCCAGCUUCUAGGCAAGGAUGUGUUAUCCAGACCAUUGUCUGAUUCUGAUAGAAUCAAGAUUAAAAAGGCCCUCAGGGGAGUGAAAGUUGAAGUAACUCAUAGAGGACAUGUACGGAGAAAGUAUCGUGUCUCAGGAUUGACAUCUCAACCUACAAGAGAACUUGUAUUUCCUGUUGAUGAUAACUCCACUAUGAAGUCAGUAGUUGAGUACUUCCAAGAGAUGUAUGGCUUCACCAUUCAGCAUUCUCAUCUCCCUUGCCUUCAAGUAGGAAACCAGAAGAAGGCAAACUAUCUCCCGAUGGAGGCAUGCAAAAUUGUAGAAGGUCAACGAUACACUAAAAGGUUGAAUGAGAGACAAAUUACUGCACUGUUGAAAGUUACAUGCCAAAGACCGAGGGAUCGAGAAAAUGACAUUUUGCAGACAGUUCAGCAUAAUGCUUAUGAUCAAGAUCCUUAUGCAAAGGAGUUUGGGAUCAAAAUCAGUGAAAAGCUAGCUUCUGUUGAAGCUCGAAUUCUACCUGCUCCUUGGCUGAAAUAUCAUGAAACAGGAAGGGAAAAGGACUGUUUGCCACAAGUUGGGCAAUGGAACAUGAUGAACAAGAAAAUGAUCAAUGGGAUGACCGUAAGCCGAUGGGCUUGUAUAAACUUUUCAAGGAGUGUUCAAGAAAGUGUUGCUCGUGGAUUUUGCAAUGAACUUGCUCAGAUGUGCCAAGUAUCUGGCAUGGAAUUCAAUCCAGAGCCUGUUAUUCCAAUCUACAAUGCCAGGCCAGAUCAAGUAGAGAAAGCCUUGAAGCAUGUAUAUCAUUCUUCUAUGAGCAAAACCAAAGGAAAAGAACUAGAGCUUUUAUUAGCUAUUCUGCCCGACAACAACGGAUCCCUUUAUGGUGACCUUAAGCGGAUAUGUGAAACUGAUCUUGGUUUAAUAUCACAAUGCUGUCUUACAAAACAUGUCUUCAAGAUCAGCAAGCAGUAUUUGGCUAAUGUGUCACUGAAGAUUAAUGUUAAGAUGGGUGGUAGAAACACUGUCCUUUUAGACGCCAUUAGCUGCAGGAUACCAUUAGUUAGUGACAUACCAACCAUUAUAUUUGGAGCAGAUGUGACUCACCCAGAGAAUGGGGAGGACUCAAGCCCUUCAAUUGCAGCAGUAGUAGCUUCUCAAGACUGGCCUGAAGUGACAAAAUAUGCUGGAUUAGUUUGUGCUCAAGCUCACAGACAAGAACUCAUACAAGACUUGUAUAAAACAUGGCAAGAUCCAGUUCGUGGAACUGUUAGUGGGGGCAUGAUCAGAGAUCUUCUGGUUUCCUUUAGGAAGGCAACAGGACAGAAGCCGCUGAGGAUUAUAUUCUACAGGGAUGGUGUUAGCGAAGGGCAAUUCUAUCAAGUUCUGCUUUAUGAAUUAGAUGCAAUCCGGAAGGCUUGUGCCUCUUUAGAACCAAACUAUCAACCACCUGUGACUUUCAUAGUUGUACAGAAACGGCAUCAUACUCGAUUAUUUGCUAACAACCACAGGGAUAGGAGUAGCACGGACAAAAGUGGGAACAUAUUACCUGGUACUGUGGUUGACUCUAAAAUCUGUCACCCUACAGAAUUUGAUUUUUAUCUCUGUAGCCAUGCUGGUAUUCAGGGAACAAGUCGGCCUGCUCACUACCAUGUUUUGUGGGAUGAAAACAACUUCACUGCUGAUGGAAUCCAGUCAUUGACAAACAAUCUAUGCUAUACAUAUGCAAGAUGCACUCGCUCUGUUUCUGUCGUUCCUCCAGCAUAUUAUGCACAUUUGGCUGCUUUUCGCGCUCGAUUUUACAUGGAGCCAGAAAUGCAGGAAAAUGGUUCGUCAGGAGUUGGUUCUGGGCAUGGUAGCAAGGGAACACGGGUAGGAGAAUCUGGAGUACGGCCAUUGCCUGCCUUGAAGGAAAACGUGAAGAGAGUAAUGUUUUAUUGUUGAAGAGCAAGGAGGGUAGCAGGAGAAGCAAUUACAAAAAUUUCCCUUGUAUAUGUGAAAGGAUACACGGAAUGCAUGAGUGCAGAUGUUCCAUUUUAGAUCAGUGAGUACAAUGGUUCCUAGAAAAAGCUUAUCAGAAGUGGGAGAAACACCCGAAAUAUAUAGGUCAUAGUUGUAGUCGUCUCGAGUAACCAUUCAUCUUGGAAGAAUGUCAAAGUUAAGCCAUGUAAAUUAAUGUUUAUUUCUGAUCAAUCUUAUAUAUGUAGGAAAUUUUACCUCA